ACAUCGUUGAAAUUACAGCCACAGAAGCUUGCUGGAAAUUUAACUGGAAGAUUGUUUCACCAUUUUAAACUCCAUGACUAAAGCAGUCCACUUUUCUAUACUCAAUACAGAUCAAAUAAUUCUACAAAAUUCACGUAAUUUGCUCUUUUAAGUCAAUUUAAGCACAUAUCUGCUAAUCUGAAGCUCUAUAAUCCCCACCUGUACUUUGCUGCGUCUCCCCAGGAAUUAUUGACAUUUCAGGUGACACUGCACCACGUCAUGUGGAGGUCUGCAGGUCUAUAAAUUAGCGCUGAAGGGCGUGAUUCUCUUCACUGUAGUUCCCCACGGACACGCGCACUUACCUGGACGAUUUUAACAACAUAAGGUUUUUUAUUAUUGGAUUAUCAUCUUGGAUUUUAUCAUCAAGGCUUGGAGCCAGCAGAAAUGUGUGGAGCAGAUGUUGAUCUGUCAAAUAAAGGUGGUGGAACCGUAAAUCAGCUUGGAGGGAUGUUCCUCAACGGCAGACCUCUCCCAGAAUCCAAGAGGUGGAAAAUGAUUGAACUGGCUUCAGAGGGAGUCCGUCCAAGCCAGAUCUCCAGGAUACUUCGGGUUUCCAACGGCUGCGUCAGUAAGAUCCUGAGCCGAUUCAGACGAACAGGACUCCUGGAGCCAAAGACAAUCGGAGGGAGCCGACCUCGGCUUCUCACCCCGGGUGUCAUCUCCACAAUCAUCCAGUGCAAACAGGAAAAUCCAAACAUUUUCGCUUGGGAGAUUCGAAAACGGCUCGCAACAGCUCGGAUGUGCAAGGCCUCCAAAACCCCUAGCGUGUCGUCGAUUAAUCGGGUUUUAAGGAAGAUCCACUUGGAUCAUGGACCAAUGUGCAUGGAGAGGAUUGUGCACAAGAGGACUGUGCAGAAUUUUGACUCCCUCAUUCAGGAAGACCUGAAUGAGAGAAGUACUUCUGAGACAGUGUGCAGCAACGACCAAAAACGCAAAGGCGCCCAGCAUCGAAUCCGAACCACCUUCACCACAGAGCAGAGCUCAGCACUCGAGCGAGAAUUUUCCCACAGUCAGUAUGCAGACAUGUACACCAGAGAGAAACUGUCAGCGGAGAUCAAACUUCCAGAGGAAACCAUCAAGGUUUGGUUUUCGAACAGACGGGCGAAAUGGAGGAGGGAGGCCAAACACAGGAGCAGCACGCAGGCUGCAGACCAUCGAAAACAACCAGAUGUUGUUCCUGUGAAUGCAUCAAUGCCACGCAGCUUUGAAUCUCAACAGACAACAGGAGUGUCCAGAGUCUACUGUGAAAACUCAGCGGCCUCUUCUACGUACAACACAGCAGUCAGAAAGUUGCCACAUGGCUACUACUCUGCAACUGAAACAGGUAUUGGACAUUCUGAACGUGGGACAUCCGUCUCAGUCCCAACAUCAUCAUUCCUACAUCAAUCUGGUCACAUGAUGGCCCACACCAUGACACCAAAGCCUGCACUGGAUCUCCAAACAGAUAGAUUCGCCUUCCCAUUAUUUCACCACAACGCAGUUACAAACACUCCGCUACUUUUGGGCACUGAGACAAUAAGACCGGAGCAGACUGUGACUCCGAUCUGGAACCAGCAGGGGGUUUCUUUCCCAUGGUGCCAGUUUUCGCAGCAGGCAUGGGCCCUGAGUCCACAUGGUUACCAAGACUGACAUUUUAAAUUAUUAUUGAAACAGGAAACAUUUAACUUUGGUCAUUUCUAAAUUUUGAAAUAAUCAAUUUUCUACCUAUAUGUUUUGUAUAUUUGAAUCUGUAAAGUGCCAUUUGAAAAGUUUCUGUUCAACUAUGGAGACAUACAUUAGCAUUUUAGCUAACUGUGCUAUGUUUAACUCUUGUAUGCUAACGAACUUUGCUUUUU